UGUUUGUCUUGAGAUGAGACAGCAGGGCAAAACUUGGUUGACGUAGCGCAGCAACAUCGUAUCAAAGUUGAUUAGCUGUAAAACAAAUUUAGCUUAUCCGGAACCUGUUUCUCUUAACGGUUACUUUAUUUAUGACCGUCGACAGAAGGAAAUAAAUUAUAUAUUUUUAUUUUUGGAUUCCGAGAGUCUUUAACGCAUGAAGCGCACGUAAGAGCAAGUGAUCAACUGAUGCGUCAACAAAGUUUCCUUGACUUCGUAGUAUAUAUAAGGGCGCCUUGUGGUUCUCCAGAAGAGCAUAACGUCUGUAUAUUUGAAAACACGGACUUGUUUUUAAGCCGGUAAGAAGAUUAAAGCCAUGACGGGUAGAGAGGACGAGUAUGACUAUCUCUUUAAAGUGGUUCUGAUCGGCGAUUCGGGCGUGGGCAAGAGUAACCUGCUCUCUCGCUUCACCCGCAAUGAGUUCAACCUGGAGAGCAAGAGCACCAUCGGGGUGGAGUUUGCCACACGCAGCAUCCAUGUGGAGGGCAAGACCGUCAAGGCCCAGAUCUGGGAUACGGCUGGACAAGAGAGAUACAGGGCCAUCACAUCAGCGUAUUACAGAGGUUCUGUAGGAGCCCUGCUGGUCUAUGACAUUGCCAAGCAUCUGACCUAUGAGAACGCCGAGCGCUGGCUGAAAGAGCUGCAGGAUCAUGCUGACAGUAAUAUUGUCAUCAUGUUAGUAGGGAACAAAAGUGACCUGCGUCAUCUGAGGGCCGUUCCUGUUGAUGAAGCCAAAGCAUUUGCAGAGAAGCAUGGACUUUCUUUCCUGGAGACCUCCGCGCUGGACUCUUCUAAUGUUGAACUUGCCUUUCAGACUAUUCUUACAGAAAUCUACCGUAUCGUGUCCCAGAGGCAGAUGUCAGGGCGUGGUGAUGACAGUUUCUCCCCCAGUGGUUCCAGAGUGGUUCCCAUUACCGUGCAGCCCACACAGAAUUCGGGCAAGCAGGGUGCCUGCUGUCAGAAUAACUGAGCUGCCACAGCACCACCGUGGGAUCUGGGGAGAAUCGUCAGCUUUGUUGGGCUGGGCUGCAAGGUUGACCAUGACCAUUGUAUUCCCUGCACAGUGUGUGCUUAAUGUAUGUAAUGGACUUGCUUAGUUAUGCCCAGAAUCAGUAAGUAAUAAUCUUCAAAUUUGGAGAGCAAGAGAUGUUUAAAUUUAAUGGAUCAAGGAUUUCCUCAGAAAUGAGAGGCUAUGCUUCUUGUUUCAGACAAAUUAAGAAACGAGCAGUUAGCUGGGGUGCUCAGACAUGACUGCUCUUUUUAUUUUAUUCCUGCACUUUUUGCCACAGACAGUCUGCUUACAAACAGUGCACUGGAAGAAUGAGAAAAAGUGCUUAGAAUAAGUGUAAUGCCACUUUUAGGUAACUCUUGAAUGGUUUCUGAUCACAAUGGGGAUUCAAUUGUGAAAUUAUAGAUUCUUUUUCCUUUAGUGUGCCAUUGUAGAAGCAGUCAGAAAACUAUCAUGCAUCUCAACACCUGAGAAAUUCACACUGUGGUCAUCAUAAUUCUUACACUUUAACGGCCCUCUUGUAUUUAUUGAAUGCAAAUAUGAUCUUGUUAUUCUGUGGUGUUUUUGCUUUCUUUUUUUGUCGUGCUUUUAUCUGUCACUAGAUUAUUGAUCAGAAUUUCUCCAGGGUUUCUCCUUCCAGUCAUGGCACUCAUUUGCAGAAGCGCUGGGAUCAGAGUAAUGUUAAUGGCUGGAUGUGCUGUAGUGUUUCAUAAGAAUACAGUAUGUUCAGAUUUAGGGUUGGGAAUCAUUGACUAGUUCUUAAAUGAUUUGAUUAUUUUUUACGACACUUGAUUUGGUUAUCGUUUCUUGAACUUAUGCAUUCUAAAUCUGUUAUUUUAUGCAUAAUAAAAUAUACAAUAUUGAGU